UGUCGAAUGCAUCUGCCAACAAUUUGCUUGGUCAUCCUAUGCUCUCUAGCCAACGGAAAGCUUCUCUUUGAAGCAGACAUCACCUGCAAUAUUCCUGGCGCACAUUGGUGUGGAGAAAUCUAUGUUUUGGAGAAAAAUUUGAUCAAGGACGACAAGCUGAAACAUGAGAAAUUUUGCACGUCGGAACGUACAAAGUCACUUGAGUACACUAUCGACCCUACUGACUUUCCUAUAGAAAACUACGAGAUCUUCUACAAAUUAAAUCAUAAUGUUCUGCAAAUGGAAAAACGUAUUGUGUGCAGCCUAGAAAACCGGAAAUAGUUGAUAGACGUCCCGGUCAACGCGUACACUUUGAUAUCAAAGCUCUUACAAAUGGCCAACCAUGGAGAUGUAGGGCGCCUUUCUUUUUCUGGCCGGGAAUGUUUUAACGUCUGUAUAAAUGAGGUCGGAUUGCUCAAA